AUGAGUUAUUGUUUGGUUGCAGAAUUGGUUGUUGCCAAGCUCUCUACAAAAAUAGGGCACUCAGGGGGGAUUGCGAGCACAGGAAGGGUUCAGGUUGGAGAUGUGGUCACAGCCAUAUCCAUGACCAACGAAGAAAUGCAAUACCUUGCAGUGGGACCCCAAAAAAUCCAGCGUGAGCAUGCCUCACAUGUAUACUCUAUGUUGAAGAAGGCACGAGGCCACAUCCGUCUUCAAGUUGAACGCUACAAAGAAGAGGUAAACAAGCUUUUCACAUCAGCAAAGAAACAAUAUAGGGAGAUUGAGAUGGCCUUCACUUUUGUUGCAGUUGUAGAUAAGCAGACACCUGUAGUUGCAACUAAAUGA